AGCACUCGCAGGGCGCAGUCGCCAAUUUAAACUUCCUUGGUGAACAGUGCUGCACAAUGAAAAUACUAACUUUACUGAGCUUAUUAGCCACACAUUUAUCAGCUAGCAGCGUCAACAUUGAGGAGAAUGCAGGGCAGUUCUUCAGCAGUGGACAUACAAACAACUGGGCUGUUCUGGUGUGUACAUCCAGGUUCUGGUUCAACUACCGUCAUGUGGCCAAUACUUUGUCCGUCUACAGAAGUGUUAAGAGGCUGGGCAUUCCUGACAGCCACAUAGUUCUCAUGCUGGCUGAUGACAUGGCUUGUAACCACAGAAACCCCAAACCUGCCACAGUGUUCAGCCACAAGAACAUGGAGCUGAAUGUGUACGGCGACGACGUGGAGGUGGACUACCGAGGAUAUGAGGUGACGGUGGAGAACUUCCUGCGUGUUUUGACCGGCAGGCUGCCACCCAGCACACCACGCUCAAAACGCCUCCUCUCUGAUGACCGCAGCAACAUCCUUAUAUACCUGACAGGCCACGGUGGAAAUGGCUUUCUGAAGUUCCAGGACUCUGAGGAAAUAAGUAAUGUGGAACUGGCCGAUGCUUUUGAGCAGAUGUGGCAGAAAAGAAGGUACAAUGAGUUGCUCUUCAUCAUUGACACCUGCCAGGGCGCCUCCAUGUAUGAAAGGUUCUACUCUCCAAACCUCAUGGCUUUGGCCAGCAGUCAAGUUGGUGAAGAUUCCUUGUCGCACCAGCCAGAUUUGGCCAUAGGAGUCCAUUUGAUGGACCGUUACACCUUCUACCUGCUGGAGUUCCUGGAAGACAUCCACCCAUCCAGCAAAGCCAACAUGAAUGACCUGUUCAAAGUAUGUCCCAAGAGUCAGUGUGUGUCCACACCAGGCCACCGUACUGACCUUUUCCUGAGGGACCCAGGAAGUGCCCUCAUCACAGAUUUCUUUGGUAGUGUGCGCAAAGUCGAAAUCACCAUGGAAACCAUCAACUUGACCGAACCCAUCCAGCAGGUGGAGCAGAAUUUUGUGAAUGAAGAGCGGCAAAAAGAGACUUACUCAUAUGUGGACCAGCUGCCAGUGUCUGAAAUAAUCCAUCAGAAACCAAAGCAGAAAGACUGGCAUCCUCCUGAUGGCUUCAUCCUGGGCCUGUGGACUCUAAUCCUGCUGGUGUUUUUCAAGACGUACGGCAUGAAGCACCUCAAACACAUCUUCUGAGGCCACGGCGGUGAUGCCACUGGAUAUUUGAGGACAGCUGCAGAUCUGGAGCUUGUACUGCAGGCAUAUUAGAGGUGCGCUUAUUUCCUGAAAAAGGAAAGGAGAUGUGUGGCACCACAACUUCUUGGCCAGGAACUGUGAUGCAAUUGGGGCCUUUUUUGUUUUGGAUGACUAUUCUAUGCUGAUGAAAUUGAACAUUUGUGUUGCCACUAGCAGUACGGCUAUUUUAAACCGUUGUGUGUGUGUGUUCUUCUUGACAAUGUCGUCUACUUAUGCUGCGCUGCGUUCACAUUCGCAACGCUUUUGGUGCGAAUGUAACAUUAUAAUUAUUUAUAUUUGUGUCAUAAGUUCUGUUUUGUCAAGCCAUUCCAUAAUUGCUUUGAUUUGGUAAAAAAAAUGCACUGAAUUGAGUCUGCAGAUAAGAAUUUAAUUUAUUUUUGAGAGCGUGCUACUCUGCAUAAAUCAGCAGCAGUAGCUCUUUUUGUUUAAGUGCUACUCAGAACGUCUGCUCGGUCAGAAAAGGGAAAGUGUGGGACGUGGGCUGGCUUAUUGGCUGUGAGUGGGUUGUGAAGAGAUUACUAUUUAAUGUCUCCCUUGUCCAUAUACAUUACACCCCUUGACUGUCAUAUCACGCUUGUGAAGGAUAACAAUCGCACAUAAUCCCAUCUCGCAUGAUGGACCCAUCCACUUUCCCAUUCACCAAAUUGCCCUCCCUGUGGAAACAUCCAUUAGCUCCCCAGCCGUGCACUCCGCUGAUUGUAUUCUGGGUGAUGGACAGCCAUUUCCCCGGCCAUUCUACAGCGGCGAUAAGUGAGUGAUAACCUAGUAGGCUGCCAGCCAUCCCAAAUGAAUCUCCUCUGUGCUGGGACGGGUCCCCCCCCCCCCCCACCCCCCCACACCUUUUCCUGCAUGUGUAGCCACUCUGCAUUGUACUCAUUGUUUGGGGGAGUGACUGAUGCUCAAAGCAUAUGGAUUGAACCUAAGGUAGUCCGUCUUUGGUUCCUGGUGUGACGACCCGUCCAUCGGGUGCCCGCUGCCUCUCUCCCUUGCGGCUAAAGUGGAAAUUAGAUGGAGUUGGAAAUGAAACCAUAUGUAUCAGAAGGCAGCUGCUGUCAGCCACCCAAAGUCCCUUUUUCUUUUACAUUAUUUAUGCAACGCUUAUUUCUUUUUCCUCCUGGUUAUCUUUUUAGAGAGCAAGGAUUUUGAUACCCUGAUUAAAGAUGAAACACUGACUCAAA